AUGUUCAUGCAUGUUUUUCUUCUUCUAACCGUGGGGGACUUGGUUUUGAUGCAGCCGUUCGUCGACAUACCGAUGUUUUUCGUGAAGAACCUUCUAGUGUUGAGACUGCUGCGCGCCCUCCGUCUCUUUGGGAGGCGCCGCCAGGUCCAGGAUUUCUUGCGCACCGUGGCGCGGGUCGUGUCGGCAGGAUUCGUCGUGAUUUGGUCCUAUCUUGUCGUGCUUCUCAUGUACGCGGAGGUCGGUCUGGUGCUCUUCGGAGGGGUUCUGCGGAAGUCCAACCCCUCGCUGCAGGGCACGCAGUGGUUCCAGUCAGCCUACUGGUCCAACAACUUCAACUCGCUGCCGUCUGCCAUCAUGGUCGUGUUCGAGCAGGGCAUCGUUAACAACUGGUUCGUCGUGGCCGAUGCCGUGCGCCAGGCGGUCGGGCCCUGGGCCGACUUGUUCUUCGUGUCGUACCACAUCGUCAGCGUGUCUGUGCUCACGAACGUCUUCGUCGCGUUCCUGGUGGAGGCGUGGCAGCGGGAGAGGCAGCAUCUCCAGGCCCCCGAGCACGCCGCGGCCACGUCUGCCGGGGACGAGACCCCGUCGCGUCCCCAGUCGCCGUGCCUGUCACCAUCGCAGAAGGUGCCCGCGCGCCAGACGAGCGUGGGCUCGGCCUCCGCGCCCGAACCGUUCGUGAGCCGCCUCCGCACCAUGACCUCCGCGGACGAGUCGAUGCUGCCGUCCACGGAGGCGGUCAUGACGGACAUGUUUGCCAGCGACGUGCGGGACAUCUUCCGGGAGUCCCACGCGCUCAACGUUGCGCGCUUCAAGCCGCGGGACUACAUCAGAGAGGUCCCGGGCCUCGCGCGCCUGCUGCGCAGCGACGCCCUGGGCGAGGCCGUGCUGCCGCGGGCGCCGCGGCCCGCCCCGCCGCUGGGCUGA